CGACAACAAAAUUUAUUCAUUCAGUAGGAUUUAAAACUUAGCAGACUGUUUUUAUUUUUUCGUAUAACUCGUUUCUCGCAUUGUUUAUAUCGAUUGAGCUGUACUAUACUCACAACAUUCUGUGUUUGUGUGUGUUGAGGAUUUAUUGGGCAUAAUUUAGUUUAAGUUUUAAAAUGAUUUUGAAAGCAAGCAUAUUAUUUAUACUACCAACGUUAAUUUUAAUAAAUGGACAAAACGUGUCAAAUUCCCUAAAUGAAUUUUCAUUGAAUUUACUAGCAACAACAAAUUCGGAAGCAGGUGACAAUUUAAAUAUAGCCUUGUCACCUUUUACAAUAUGGACGUUACUAACAAUUGUAUCAGAAGGGGCCCAAGGCAAUUCAUUGAGACAACUAGUUAGUGUACUCAAGUUGAACAAUAAUAUUAAACAAGUCAGGAGUAAUUAUUUAGCUAUGCACGAUAGCCUUUUGAAAGAAGCUGAUGGAGUACACUUGGACUUCUCAAGUGCCAUAUUCACCAACAAAAAAUUCAAUUUAAGAGAUUCGUAUCAAAAAAACAUCAAGGAAUUUUACAAAGUGAAUGUAAUUCCAACAGACUUUAAAAACACAAAAUCAGCCGCUGAUGAUAUCAACAACUACAUUUCAAAGAACACAAAUAACAGAAUCAACUCUUUGGUGAAUGACGAUGACUUAAGAGAUGCGUUUAUAUUUUUGACGAGCGUUUUGAGCUUCAAAGGAGAGUGGAAGUCUCCCUUCAACAGAACCGCCACCAAGCCGGAGGCUUUUUACGAUGAAAAGGGCACCAAGAUCGGUGAUGUGAAGAUGAUGUACCAAAACGGAUAUUUUCCUUAUACGAGAGUCGAAGCCAUAAGAAGCUAUGCCCUUGAGUUGCCCUACGGAAGUGAUGGAAAAAUGUCCAUGGUGGUUAUUUUGCCUUUCAAAGGUACCGCUUUGGCAAACUCUUUGAACUUACUGUCGAAAUUCACGUUUAACAAGCUUUUGGAUUAUUUGGAAGAUGCGGAAGAAAAGUUCAUUGAUGAAGAAGUACAAGUAUAUUUGCCGCGUUUUAGAGUGACAUCGGAGUUCAAUAUGGACAGAGUUUUAAACAAAAUGGGUAUUAAAGAUAUAUUUAAUUCGCAAGAGGCCGACUUAUUGGGAAUUCUGGACCAAUAUCUUUAUAUUAGCAGGGUUUUGCAGAGGGCAGAUAUUGAGGUUGAUGAAGAAGGAACCGUUGCAGCGGCUGCUGCCGGAGCCUCAUUUGCGUACAAGUCUCCCCCACCAAAAUUCCAAGCCAAUAGACCUUUUAUGUACUUCUUGGUGGACAAGCCGACGAGGAGCAUGGUAUUUGCAGGAAAAGUCAGCAACCCGAAUUCUUUUUAGUUAGUUUAAGUUAGAACACACUUAAGUUUAGUUCCAAGUUUUUUAUUAAGAAAAUAAAAAAUACUUAUUACGAAAUGUUUGUUAAUUAGUAGGUAGUUAUCAAACCAAAAUUGUAUGUAUUUUAAGCAACGCCAAAGAAGUUACUUUACUUGCCUGUAAUUUAUUUAAUAAAUAACGGGAAUAAAAAACGA